GACGUCCUUUCCGGUCGAACCACCAACAUGGAUGCCAGCCGCGUGCAGCCGAUCAAGCUCGCAAGAGUUACCAGGGUGCUUGGAAGAACUGGCUCCCAGGGACAAUGUACACAGGUCCGUGUUGAGUUCAUGGACGACAGUAACCGUUCCAUCAUCAGGAACGUAAAGGGCCCAGUCAGAGAAGGAGAUGUGCUGACGCUUCUGGAGUCUGAAAGAGAAGCCAGGAGGCUGCGAUAGUAUUCCUCCCUCCAGAGAGCCCGCUGAAGUUGUGGUGCUGGCCGGAUGUUGUGGAGCACAUGACUCUGUCAAGUUUCAUACGCCAAGGCUGACAUCUCACUCAUUCAAAUGUUUUUCAAAUAAAUAUGGUCUGUGAGAAAA